AUGGGACAUGAGAAUCACACUUUCAGCAGUGACUUCAUUCUUUUGGGAUUGUUCUCUUCUUACCAAGCAAGCCUAGUCUUCUUCCCCUUUCUAUGUGUUAUUUUUAUUAUGACCGUAGUGGAAAAUGCAGCCAUGAUCCUCCUUAUCAGCACAGACUCACGACUCCAAACUCCGAUGUAUUUCCUGCUCCGCCAUCUCUCUUUUAUGGAUAUCCUGCACAUUUCCAACAUUGUUCCCAAGAUGGUCACUAACUUCCUGUCAGGCAGCAGGACCAUCUCCUUUGCAGGUUGUGGCUUCCAAUUAUUCCUGUCCCUCACCCUCCUGGGCGGGGAGUGCCUCCUCCUGGUGGCGAUGUCCUAUGAUCGCUAUGCAGCCAUCUGUCACCCACUGCACUAUCCGCUUCUUAUGAAUGAGGGCAUCAGCGUGCUCAUGGCUGGAGGGUCCUGGCUGGUAGCAGCCAUCAACUCUGCAGUACACACGGCGUUUGUGCUCCACUUUCCCUUCUGUGGCUCUAGGGCCAUCGAUCACUUUUUCUGUGAAGUCCCUGCCAUGUUGAAGUUGUCCUGUGUGGACACAUCAAGCUACGAACGGGGCGUUGAUGUGAGCGGCAUAAUCUUCUUGCUCAUUCCUUUCUCCUUGAUCUCUGUCUCCUACAUUCAAAUUCUCCUUACUGUCCUUCAGAUGAAAUCGGAGACAAGGAAGAAGUCGUUUUCCACCUGUUCCUAUCACAUGGUUGUGGUUAUAAUGUACUAUGGGCCAUUUAUUUUCACAUACAUGAGACCUAAAUCAUACCACACCCCAGGCCAGGACAAGUUUCUGGCAAUAUUCUACACUAUCCUCACACCCAUGCUGAACCCCAUUAUUUACAGCUUUCGGAAUAAGGAUGUCCUGGCUGCCGUGAAAAAUGUGGUCAAAAGUAACUUUCUGCAUAGAAAGUGA